CCGGGGCGCGGGGCGGAUCCGGGGCGGGCGGGCGGUCGGGAAUGAGUUCGGAGCGGGGGAACGUGUCCCGCACGCGGCCCCAGCGCCACCAGAACGCGCGCGCCUUCAGGAACGACAAGUACGACACGAGCGCCCGGCUCAAGAAAAUAAAUGCUAAGCUUCAUGAUGGUGUAUGUCAGCAUUGCAAAGGUAUCUUGGAGUGGCGAGUAAAAUUCAGCAAGUACAAGCUACUAUCAAAACCUAAAAAAUGUGUGAAGUGCCUCCAGAAGACUGUAAAAGAUCCUUAUCAUAUUAUUUGCCGACCAUGUGCUAGUAAACUGGAAAUUUGUGCUAAAUGUGGAAAACAAGAAGAAAUAGUAAUUCCGAUUGACAAAGGACAAGGCAGAACUGAGAGUGAGACUACUAAAAACAGCCAAGAGAGCAAUGGAUUGGAGAAUGAGCUGGAUUUUGAUACAAACUUCAGUAGUGAUGAAGAUUCUGAUGUGCUUGAAGAACAAUUUAAAAGUAUGAACUUCUAAAGGACAGAAGUUCAGUUUAUAUGAGAAACUAUAUGCAAUCAAAAGCAGUAAACCACUUUUAAACUGCUCUGAAAACCUGAUUUGACAUCUAAGGUCUUUACAUGUAAAUGUUGGCACUGUGUACUAUGAUGCUUUUUGAGGGUUUUGUAUAAAUAAAUAUUUUUGUGUAUUAAGAGCAGAAUUUCUUGUGAAAAGAUUCAGAAAUUGAAUUUAUAGGCACAGUUAGUUAUUGUAUAUGUGUAACAACUUCCUGUUUCUCUGGAAUAAAGCCUCUUUAUAUAAU